ACCCACAGUUCACCCACAACAUCAACGCAACAGAAUUCACUACGUCCGGAAGACAUGGUGGAUCGUGAACAUUCACCUGAACCUGCGGGACCUCUUCCUAUCCGACGCCUGCAGGAGUCUGUCAUAAAUCGCAUAGCAGCUGGAGAGAUCAUCCAUAGGCCCUCGGCUGCACUUAAGGAGCUCAUAGAGAACAGUUUGGAUGCUGGAUCAACGAGCAUCAAGAUUACUGUAAAGGAUGGUGGCGUGAAGCUGCUCCAAAUUCAGGACAAUGGCUGCGGCAUUCGCAAAGCUGACUUGCCUAUCCUUGCGGAGCGCUUUACGACCUCCAAAAUCUCCAGUUUCUCUGACUUAUCCAAACUGACUACUUAUGGCUUCCGUGGGGAGGCGUUGGCAUCCAUGUCGUUCGUAGCGAAUCUGUCAGUGACAACUAAGACUAAGGCAGACACUUGUGCUUGGAGAGCACAUUACGCUGAUGGUCACUUGGUCCCUGCCAAAGAGGGGUUCACGGCAGAUCCAAAGCCUUGUGCAGGCAACGACGGUACUACCAUUACCGUCGAGAACCUCUUCUACAACACCCCAACUCGUUUGGGGGCGCUUCGCGGAGCAUCAGAGGAGUAUGCUCGAAUUCUGGAUGUCGUGCAGAAAUAUGCUGUUCAUAAUCCGCAUGUGGCAUUUAGUUGCAAGAAGGCCGGCUCUGCAACACCAGACCUCUCCACUCCCUCAGGAUCUGACACCAAACAAGCAAUACGUCUGAUAUAUGGUCAAACGAUUGCCAAGGAGUUGUUGCAUAGUGAUAUCACAUCUUCAGAGGAUAGUGAAUCCACUUCAAGAAUGGACGUGGACGAGGAGUCGCCGUCCUGGUCUGCUGAGGCAUACUUCACCAGUGCCAACUACCAAGCGAAGAAGACAGUUUUGCUCUUGUUUAUCAAUCAUCGUUUGGUCGAGUCAGCGAGGAUCAAAAAAGCCUUGGAAGCCAUUUAUAACGGUGUCCUUCCCAAAGGUUCCUCACCCUUCAUGUACCUGAGCCUUCAAAUUGAUCCCGAGUCUAUUGACGUCAACGUGCAUCCGACGAAACGAGAAGUCCGAUUCUUGAACGAGGAUGCGAUUAUCGAACGAAUAUGCAACAAGCUCCAGGAAACACUUGUGAAUCAGAGUCAAUCCAGAGUUUACGAGUACCAGACCUUGUUGACUAGUGGCAUCUUGGAGAUUCAAACAAGUUCGAAAGCUAAGGGGAAAGCCAAGGAACUGCCACCCGAAGAAAGGGAUAGCGGAGAGGGCAGUGGUCCCUCUACCCCAGCGAUCGCUACUAUUCCUAAGAAAACACUGUCUAAGCACAAGGUCCGGACAUCUCAAAAGGAUCGCACCCUCGAGUCCAUGUUUCCCGUUCUAAACCCUUCUCAAGUCGUCACCGGACGCACUGCAGAAGAAGAGGAUGAAGAACCUCCUCCUGCGGUACGACUUGCCACCGAGAUCAAGGAAUCCGAGUGUUAUCUUUCGUCAGUCCGAUCUUUGCGCGAGGCAGUAGGGAAGGUUAAGCAUCAUCAACUUACUGAGAUCAUUGAGAACCACAUUUUCGUUGGAAUUGUCGACCUCAGUCGAUGCUUAUCACUCAUUCAACAUGCGAAGAAGCUCUACCUUGUAAACCAUGGUGCUCUAGCCGAAGAGCUUUUCUAUCAACUAGGCUUGCGUCAAUUUGGUAAUUUCAGUCGAAUACGACUGGAGCCCCCACCCUCAUUGCGUACACUUGUUUCCCUCGCCGUACACGCAGAAGAAGGGGCGAAGAAUAGCAGGUUGAGCGAAGACCAAAUCGUUGACCGAAUCGUUGAAAUUCUCAUGGAUCGUCGAGAGAUGCUUGUAGAGUAUUUCUCCAUGACCAUCAGUUCAGAGGGCAUGGUCGAAAGCAUCCCCCUGCUUCUGAAACAUUAUACCCCAAACCUUGACAAGUUACCCCUUUUCCUCAUGAGGCUCGGUCCACAGGUCAGAAAUUCCUUUUCAGUCUCACUUUCAUACUCUCAACUUGAGCAUUCAUGCAGGUAAACUGGACCUCAGAAACGGAAUGCUUCGAGUCAUUUCUUCGAGAGCUAGCAUACUUCUACGUUCCCGAGCCUCUAAUCCCGGAUAAGAGUAGUCCAUCGCCAUCGGAAGAUGAACAAUCAGCAAGGUGGCAAAUACAACAUGCCCUCUUCCCUGCGCUGGCUCGAUAUCUGGUUGCACCCAAGUCACUCCUUGACCGAGAUGUAGUGCAAGUUGCUAAUCUGCCGGAUCUUUAUCGUGUCUUCGAACGAUGCUGAUUGUUACAUUCUACUGAUUACUUUGCGGACAUUUUGGGUAUAGACAGGAUGGUAUAUAUUAGUCUAAUGAGUUACUAGCUACGAAUACAGUAAUAUAUACAUACAGAUACGUGCUUGCUAGAUAUUACAUUAUGAGCCAGUGUACGAAUGAAGAAACAAAGGAACGAUGGUGAAUGAACGACCGAGAUCUGCAAGGGAAAAUGGACUAGAGGAUGAAAUUAAAUUAAUGAAAGACUG